GCCCCUCCCCCGUGUAAUGAGUCGUCGCGGAAUUGUCACACGGUGCGACCCGUAGAAAGUCAGACUUUGUAUAAUAAUGUACACAGCAAGCCUGUGCACCCCGUGAGCUCUUGUGGAGUGUGUGCCCGGAGACCUGACCCCUGUCACUGGCUGCUGUUGAUGUACUGAGGGGGAGGUGGACUGUUCCCAGCGGAUAAUCCUCAUCAUCCCCACAGCAGCAGUCCCAUCUUCCUCCUGCCCUGGGAUCACUGGCACAAUGAGCUGGCUCUUCUCCUCUAAGGGCAGCAGACCUAUUCCUCCUCUCACCAGCCUCCAGCAGCAGAAGCAGCGGCAGAUCGACUCUCUCAAGGCAUGUCAUCCCAAUAUUUCUGAAAUUCAGAAAGAUGUGGAAUACAGAUUGCCGAUCACGAUCAAAAAUUUGACCAUCAACAUAAAUAUUUUACUUCCUCAGCAAUUUCCUCAAGACAAACCUAUCAUCACUGUCUUUCCGCCAAUAAGACACCACCUAGUGGACAAGCAGGGCACCAACGUGACAUGUCCUUUAGUACAUAACUUUACUAUGCACUCAGAUCUUGGGAAAAUAGUCCAGAAUUUAUUAGAAGAAUUUUGGAAAAAUCCUCCAACAUUGGCUCCAACCUCUGGUCCAUUCCCUUACUUGUACAGCAGUCCUGCCGGGAGGCCUCCUUACCCUCAUACAGGUUUUCCAUUUCUUCCGCCUUUUUCUACACAAGAAACCAAUAGAUCAGUGCCAGUUUCUGAACCUGUUCCUUCAACCUACAACACGGCCAAAGCUGCAGCCCCCUCAUACGGCCUGAUAACUGAUUUGCCUGUACCUGUCCCCACUUCAGAAGUGGGUAUGAAUGGCUUUACAUACAAGAUGCCUGAUCUCCCGGAUACAUUUCCUGAGCUGUCAGAUUUGAGCGUCUCGCAACUCACUGAUAUGAUGGAGCAAGAGGAUGUUCUUCUGGAGCUUUUUGUAAAUCUCCCACAAUUAAAACAGAUUAUAUCUGAUAAAGAAGACCUUGUGAAAAAUAUUGAGGAGCUGGCAAAAAAGAAUCUUCAAAUGGAGCCAAUUCUAGAGUCCAAACGACAAGCGUUGUUGGAUAAGUACGAGCUUCUGACACAAAUGAAGGCCUCAUUUGAAAAGAAGAUGCAAAGACAGCAUGAGCUGAGCGAGAGCUGCAGUCUGAGCGCUCUUCAGGCCAGGUUGAAAGUUGCGGCUCAUGAAGCUGAAGAGGAGUCUGAUGAUAUUGCAGAAAAUUUCCUAGAGGGAAAAACAGAAAUUGAUGAUUUCUUAACUCUCUUCAUGGAGAAGAGAACGGGCUGCCACAGUAGAAGAGCCAAAGAAGAGAAGCUGCAACAGUCCAUAUCCCUGCACAGCCAGUACCAUGCACCGCUAUAGGUUACUUGAAAGGUUGAUAGAAGAAGACGUUGAUGGUUGAAUCCCAGGAAGCACAUUUUUUGUAUUUCUGAUUGGAUGGUAGUAAUGAUUGUAUUCUCUUCUAUUGGUAGAUGAUCGGUAAGCUCUGGUUUUGUACAAUUUAACUACCGUUGUUCAUUUCACAAACUCUGUAUCUGCUGUAAGGAUACUUCUAAUAUAUUUUUUAUGUUCUGUUACCCAUAUUGGAAUGAUUUCUAUUAAAUACUUAAUUUCUGUGAA